AUGAGGAAGAGCAUCAUCAACCCUCCCACACUUGUGCAGCUGGCCAUGCAGGGGCUGCUGAGGAAAGAUGCUUUGGAAAUCUCUGCUCUGGAGAACCUGCCCAUUGAGUUCUUCCCAUCACUGUUCAAGGAGGCCUUUGAUGGCAGACAUACAAAGAUAUUAAAGGCAAUGGUGGCAGCCUGGCCUAUUCCCUGCCUCUCUGUGGGUGUACUGAUGAAGACACCUGAAGUAGAGACAUUGAAAGCUGUGCUGGAUGGCAUAGACAUUCUUGUGAUGCAGAAGGCUCAUCCCAGGUGCAAGCUUCAAGUGCUCGACUUAAGGAAUGUGCACCAGGAUUUCUGGGAUGUAUGGGCUGGAGAGGAUGGAAUUGGCUCAGCAGAUACUGUGAGGGAGAAGCAAGUAGCAAAUCGCAUUCAUAGAUAUGCCCAGAGGCGGCGUUUGAAGGUGGUCACUGACCUCCACCUCUACUUCCAGCUGGAAGAACACCAAAUUUACUUAUUGCAGUGGGCCCAGCAGGGAAAGGGCUGUGUGAAGUUGUGCUGUCUGGAGAUGAAGAUAUGUGCCUUCACUGUGGAAAUAAUCACUGAUGUCUUGGAUAUUUUCAAACGAUACUACAUAGAGGAAUUGGAACUUUCUACAAGCCAGGACCUGUCCAUCCUGG